AUGGAAUGUCCCGACCCUGACGCGGCGAGGAAAGGUCUCAUUGAAACGUUUCGGACGCAGAUUAGUAAGCGUAUCAAAGUGGACCAGGUCUUGGACUACAUUCACUUCUUCGACGUGGAACAAAAGCAGAAGAUCCAAGGCGUGGCUGGAGAAGUGGCUGCUGCGAAUUUACUCAUCACAGAAGUCCUGAAACAGAAGUCCUCCAAAGAGCCCGGCUGGUUCAGGACUUUUGUGAACGCGCUGAAGCAUGCGGGGUGCGAUAAGGCAGCGGCUUAUGUGGAUGGUCAGAUCCCCAGUCCAGAGGAGGAGACAGAGGACGAAAUGAACACACAGCUCAUUUGGAUUCUUUGCCCCACUUUUAAGGACCAUUUGGCUCUGGAUGCAGACGAACUAAGUGUGGAGUGCUGUGCGCAGGGUCUUAUUUCUCAUGUAGACAGACAAACCAUCCAAGACCAGCAAGAACCCCGGAAAAAAGCAAAUACACUUUUGGAGCAGAUCAUAAAGGGUCCUGGAAACUGGUACUCCACAUUUGUGGAUAUUCUAUAUAUAAAAAACAAGGUUCUGUACAAGCUGAUCACAGGGACGGACAAACGGGACUUGGAAGAAGGCCCCUCACGCAGAGAUGAGACUUCCGGAAAUGAGAGUCCAGAACAGAGCCCUGUGACAGACCCUCCCUCUGCAACAGACCCCCCCUCUGCUACUGACGCUCCCUCUGCAACAGACCCCCCCUCUGCAACAGACCCCCCCUCUGCGACAGACCCUCCCUCUGCGACAGACCCCAGCUCUGAUGACACACCAGAUUUAUACAAAGGUGAAAAGGAUGACUUGGAGGAACCUACAAAGGACACUGACCCAUCCAAAGGAGAAGAGGAGGCUGACUCAGAGGCAGCGGCUGGUGACUCGGAGGGAGAGUGGAUUGUUCUUCGAGAUUAUCAGAUGGAAGUGGCCCAACCUGCCCUGGAAGGGAAAAACAUCAUCAUAUGUCUCCCUACAGGCAGUGGUAAAACCAGAGUGGCCGUGUACAUCACCAAGAAGCAUCUGGACCAGCGGAAAAAGCAGGGACUUCCAGCUAAAGUCAUAGUCCUGGUCAAUAAGGUGCCUUUGGUGGAGCAGCACUAUUCUAAAGAGUUCUCCAAAUACCUGAAGCCGUACAAAGUGGAGAGAGUCAGUGGAAACUCGCAACUCAAAAUCUCUUUCACAGAGAUCGUCAAGAAGUAUGACGUGGUGGUGUGUACGGCACAGAUACUGGAGAACUACUUAGAGAGGUCUGUGAGCGGAGAGGAUGAAGGGGUCCAUUUGAGUGAGCUGUCGUUGAUCGUGAUAGACGAGUGCCACCACACGCAGAAGGGAGGCGUCUACAACCACAUCAUGAUGCGAUUUCUGACCCAAAAGCACAAGAACAAGAAGCUGCAGAAGGAGCAGAAGAAGACCAAGCCCCUGCCUCAGAUCCUAGGCCUGACUGCCUCUCCGGGGGUGGGCGGGGCUACCAAGAUGUCCAAGACCGAGGAGCACAUACUACGAAUCUGCGCUAACCUGGACGCCUCAACCAUUAUGACUGCAAAUCUGGGCGAGUUCACAAAAGAAAUGGAAAAAACCGUGGAAACCAUUGAAGCUCGGACGAAGGAUCCUUUUGGUGAUGUCAUCAAGAAAAUCAUGAAUGACAUUCAUGCACACGCUGAUCUGAACCCCGGCCAUGAGUGCGGCUCUCAGACCUACGAGCAGUGGGUUGUGCAGAAGGAGAGAGACGCGGUCAAAGAAGAAAACAAGAAAGUGCGGGACUGUGCGCACCACCUGAAACAUUACAACACCGGGCUGCAGCUGAGUAACACGAUCCGAAUGUGUGACGCCUUCAGUUUCCUCAACACGUUCUAUGAAAACGAGAAGAAAAAGAAGACUUCUCCAGAUGGGGAGGAUGUCAACAUCACAGAGACCGAGAGAUUCCUUUUCCUUUUGUUUGACGAAAACAAAAAAGAGCUCAUGGAACUAGCGAAACAUCCAGAGUAUGAGAAUGGCAGUCUUUCCAAGCUACGGACCACAAUCCUCCAUGAGUUCAGUACUAAAAAAGACAAGACUAGAGGGAUCAUUUUCACCAAGACGCGGCGCAGUGCCAUUGCCCUGGCACAGUGGGUACAGGACAACCACAAGUUUGGAGACAUGGAAGUGAAUGCAGCUUACCUGAUUGGUGGAGGAGACCAGAGUGAUGUGAAACCAAUGACAUCUAUGACCCUGAGGAGCAGGCCCCACGGGAGGCAGGGGAGGCAGGGGAGGCAGGGGAGGAAGAGCACCACACAAGAGCUGCACUAUGCAAAUAAACACAGCACAACGAGCGGGGCUCAUGUCUGCUGUGUCAGUGAUGAUUGUGGAGCACACGGAAUGGAAAGGAACAUCGGAGACCAACUCAACAAAGCCUUUGAAGCCUAUCGUCAGGUCUCCAUUGAGAAAGAAAUAGCCAAAAAGGAGCUGCAAAAAAUGACAGAGUAUUACGAAGGUUACACGCAUAAACUACAAAAGCAGAUCGAGGACCAACAGCGGAUCAUCUCUGUCCUUGAAGCUAAACUAUCAGCUCUGAGGCCGUCGCCUGCAGGAGAAACCAAAUGCGAGUCUCGUGAACAUACCCAUGACGGCGCCUUUAGGAAAAUACAGUACCAGGACAAUGCGGCCCCUGGUGCAGCUGCUUCAAAUAUCGUCUCUACUGUCGAAUGUCAAGAUAUGCAAGAUGCAUUUGAAGCCAUUCAGGUGAAAUUUCGGAAGAUUAAGUGUUUGACCAGAAGACAAAAAGACCACCUAAAAAGGUUUAAUGGAGGAAAUGAUACAUUCAACGCAGAUCAUCGCUUCUCCAUGCCCAUCCAGUGCACCGACGGGACGGCAGAGGCAGAACGGCCCUUCUCCGUGCUCAGAACCUCGGCUGUGGACAUCCCUCUGGCCUCCUGCUCUGCACUGGCGUCCCGUGGAGCCCACCCAGACGACCGGGAAAUGGACUCUCUGACCAAAUUCAGCGUUAAGUUCCCCCCCUCGGCGGACAGCGAAUACGACUUCCUAAAUAGCGCUCCGGACGGGCACAUGGGUCUGGCCGGAGAGCAGGAGCCAGCGGUGGCACUGCCCCUGUCUUUUGUCUACUCCUCUCCCCCUCCCUCCCACUCGUCAUCGUCUUCGCUUUCCCAGGGGAGAGUACGUGGACCCCAGCAGCCGCUGUGGACCCCGGAGCUCUGCAACGCCGUGGACUUGGGAGCAGACUUGACGUCCUCCCAGAGCAGCAGUCCAGAUAAAUGCGCUUUCUGCAACGCGGUCGUUCCUCCGGACCGGAUGAACAUGCACCUCUACUCGCAUUUCUCCCACAAACACCAGGACGAACAGUGA